AUGGGUGUUUUGGUUCGCAUUCCCACUCCCCUGCGGCGCAUGACCGGCGGGGUCAACCAGGUUGACCUGGACGUGGCCGAUCUGUCCCAAAUGAUCGACCGGUUGGAGUCCGACUAUCCUGGCUUCAAGGAGCGGCUGCUGGACGAAGAAGGCGAACUGCGUUACUUCGUCAACAUCUACGUGAAUGGAGAGGAUAUCCGCUUCGACGACGGCCUCAACACCGCCAUCAAGUCAGGCGACGAAGUCAGCAUAGUACCGGCCGUAGCCGGCGGCUGA